AAACUUCUACAUCAAGUAAUGCAAAAAUGACUUCUGACCCAAGGACCACCAGAAAGAAGCGACAGAGAUCAGAAUCUCCAGAACCCAGCAGGGUGUCUCUGAAGAGUAACAGGUCCAUGGAUCAACCCCCUAGACUCAGUGACUCAACUGUGACCCCUCACCCUCUUGGUAAAGAUAUACAUGACCAGAGUCUAUUUGUGCCAUCCACUUCAUCCCACAAUCAGACCCAUGUCAGGCAGGACAAAGGUGAAGCCAUAGGGCAGAAACACAAUCUGGAGUCUGGAGACCUGCAGCGAGUUAAAGACAGUCACAAAACCAGUUUGAAGAAGAAACAUGAGAAAUUAUUUGAGGGAAUCAAACUCCAAGCUAAAGAAACAUUUGUGAAUAUGAUCUACACACAUCUCUACAUCAUAAAGGGAGAGAGAGAAGGAGUGAAUGAAGAACAUGAGGUUUUACAGAUGGAGAAAACAGCCAGGACAAAACACUCACAAGACACUAUUGACUGCAAUGACAUCUUUAAAGCCUCACCUGAACCAGGAUGUGAGGAGAAAGACCAGAUCAAGACUGUUCUUACUAAAGGCUUCGCUGGAAUCGGAAAAACUGUCUCUGUGCAGAAGUUCAUUCUGGACUGGGCAGAGGGAAAAGCCAAUCAGGAUGUAGAUUUCAUGUUUGUGCUUCCAUUUCGAGAGCUGAACUUGAUCCGAGAUCAUCAGUACAGUCUUCAGAGACUUCUGCUGGACUUUCAUCCUGAACUUCAAGAUCUGUACUCAAAGAUCUAUGAGGAGUGUAAAGUUGUGUUCAUCUUUGAUGGUCUGGAUGAAAGCAGAAUCACACUGAUGUUUUCAGAUGAUCAGAAAGUUUGUGAUGUGACUGAGACUUCAUCAGUGAGUGUGUUGAUGUCAAACCUCAUGAAAGGAGAGCUGCUUCCCUCUGCUCUCAUCUGGAUCACCUCCAGACCAGCAGCAGCCAAUCAGAUCCCCUCCAAAUACAUCAACCGUCUGACAGAAAUUCAAGGAUUUAAUGAACCUCACAAGGAGGAAUAUUUCAGGAAGAGAAUCAGUGACCAGCAUCAAGCCAGCAGAAUAAUCUCACACAUCAGAAGAGCAAGAAGCCUCCACAUCAUGUGCCACAUCCCUGUCUUCUGCUGGAUCUCAUCCACUGUGCUUCAGAAGUUCCUGGAAGAAGAUCUGAGUGCAGAAAUCCCUCAAACUCUGACUGAAAUGUACAUACACUUCCUGCUGAUUCAGAUCAACAUGAGGAACCAGAAGUAUGAAGAAAGAGAUCCAGAGAAACUCCUGCAGUCCUACAGAGAAGUGAUUGUGAAGCUUGCUAAAGUUGCUUUCAAACAGCUUAUGAAAGGUAAUGUAAUGUUCUAUGCAGAGGACCUGAUUGAGAGCGGCAUAGACGUCACUGAUGCCUCAGUGUAUUCUGGGAUUUGUACUGAGAUCUUUAAGGAGGAGUCUGUGAUUCAUCAGAGAAAAGUAUACAGCUUCAUUCAUCUGAGUGUUCAAGAGUUUCUUGCUGCUUUCUAUGUCUUUUACCAUUAUGUGAAUAAUACGACUGAUACAUUGCAGUUUUGUGAUGUGAUACAUAAUCUGCAUAGAGAUGCAGUAGAUAAAGCCCUUGAGAGUGAGAAUGGACAGCUCGAUCUGUUCCUCCGAUUCUUGCUGGGCGUCUCACUGGAGUCCAAUCAGAUACUCUUACAGGAUCUACUGACACACACAGUGAACAGCUCAGAGAGCAUCAGGAGAACAACACAGUACAUUAAAGAGAAGAUCAGAGAUGGACAUGACCUCUCCACUGAAAGAUCCAUCAAUCUUUUCCUCUGUCUGCUGGAAGUGAAAGAUUAUACUCUGUCCAGAGAGAUUCAGGAGUUUGUGAAAUCAGACAAACACUCAGAGAAGAAACUCUCUCCUGCUCACUGCUCAACAAUCUCCUACAUGCUUCAGAUGUCAGAGGAAGUGUUGGAUGAGCUGGACCUCAAGAAAUACAACACAUCAGAUGAGGGAAGAAGAAGACUGAUACCCGCUGUGAUCAAAUUUAGUAAAGCUUUCCUUGCAGGUUGUAAUAUCACUGUUCAGUGUUGCGAGAGUUUGUCAUCAGCUCUUCAAUCUUCAAACUCUGGCCUGAUAGAGCUGGAUCUGAGUAACAAUGACCUGCAGGGAACAGAAGUAAAGCUGCUCUCUGAUGGACUGAAGAAUGCAAACUGUCAGCUGCAGAUACUGAGAUUAUCUGGCUGUAUGAUAACAGAGGAAGGCUGUGGUUAUUUGUCUUCAGCUCUGAGUUCAAACCCCUCUUACCUGAGAGAGUUGGAUCUGAGCUACAAUCACCCAGGAGAUUCAGGAGUCCAGCUGCUCAGCGACAGGCUAGAGGAUCCAAACUGUAAACUGGUGAAACUCAAUUUUGACUAUGGAGGACAUUUUAGAAUCAAACCAGGACUAGGAAAAUAUGCCUGUGAUCUCACACUGGAUCUAUACACAGCACACACUCAACUCAUCCUAUCCAAAGACUACAAAAAAAUUACAUGUGUUAAAGAUCAUCAGCCGUAUCCUGUUCAUCCAGACAGGUUUGAUGAUCGGGAGCAGGUUCUGUGUAGAGAGAGUCUCACUGGACGCUGUUACUGGGAGGUUAAAUGGGAAGGCUCGGGUCAUGUAGCAGUGGCAUAUAAAGGAAUCAACAGGAAAAGUGGGAUUGACAGUUGGUUUGGUCUCAAUGAAAUGUCUUGGAGUAUUUACUGUUCUGAUACAACUUAUACUGUCUGGUACAAUAAUAAUAACAAAGACGUAUUUGGCCCUUCAUCCCGCUCUAAUAGAGUAGGAGUUUAUCUGGACUGGUCGGCCGGCUCUCUGUCCUUCUACAGCGUCUCUGACACACACACACUCACACACUUACACACAUUCAACACCACAUUCACUGAACCCCUCUACGCUGGGUUUGGGGUUUAUCCUCAAGCUUCAGUGUCUCUGUGUCAGAUUUAACAACCUCUUGUGAGGAUCAACAGAGACACAUACAGAAUGCCAUUUACACAUUGGAGCAAAACAAUUAAAAGUUAUUUGCAAUUUAUAUAUCUUUAAUUGGCAACUUUCUCACAGUUAUGACAUCAGUUUAUAGUCACAAUUGUAAAUGUAAGAUGUAGAGUACUUAUGAGGUUGCACUGUGAGAUAAAGUCUGAUUACAAUAUAAAGUUGCAGUUCUGAGAUGUAUAGAAAUAAAUGUCAAAUUAUGAGUUAUAUGAAGUUAUACGUGUACAGUACACGUGUACAGCUAUUGAUUGUCUUCACUUAAAUAUUGAGCACUAGGCAGUUUGAAGUUGUAGAAAUGUCUGUGAGGUGUUUGAAUGAAAAUGUGAAAACCAGUGGUGCUCAGUGCAUUAGCUUCACCUUCAUCAAGCUGUGGAGCUUUCUGCAGCUAAAAGAAAAACUGUCAAACCUUUCACAAUUAUAUCACAGACUCACACUUUGUUUGACAGAAGAGAAAAUUAUGUUAAUGAAGUUUAUUUAUUACCAAUAAAGUUUUAGAUUUU